GAACUCUCCACACCUCAAAUGUUGUGCAAUCCUGCCUGCUUAUAUUUUAGGUAACCUUUGCCUCAGUGCAUUUAAAGAAUCUGCUUGCCUUUCAAGCACCUGAGAGCGUUGAAGAUUUCCAUGGCUGGCAAAGUGGCUUGGUUGCUCCCUUUCAUCCUGGCCUCAGCCUUGGCAGCUGAAGACCAAAAUCCUGCUCCUCCACACGUGCUCACCAAGAAUGGGAGGCUCCGGGGCCAACAGGUCAAAGUCAGCGGUGCUGAGAGAAAUGUAGAUGUUUUUCUUGGAGUUCCCUAUGCAAAACCACCUGUUGGAUCUUUGCGGUUUUCCCAACCACAGCCGGCUGAACCUUGGAGCCAUCUCAGAGAUGCAACAUCCCACCCACCCAUAUGUCUGCAGGAUCCAUUGGUGGGACAAGCUCUGUCAGAUGCUUUUAGUAAUGAAAAGGAACCAGUCUCUUUGGGCGUUUCUGAGGAUUGUCUAUAUUUAAACAUCUUCACGCCGACCCGUUCUGACAUGAAAACAAGGUUUCCAGUGAUGGUCUGGAUCCAUGGAGGAGGUUUAUUGGUAGGAGGAGCAGCCACAUAUAAUGGGUCUGCAUUGGCAGCUUAUGAAAAUGUGGUGGUGGCAGCAAUUCAAUACCGGCUGGGCAUUCUUGGUUUUUAUAGGUAA